AUGGAUAAACUUAAGGAAAAAAUCAACAAGCUCAAAUUGGACGCUGAGACCUGGCAAGAAAAGCACGAUGAUGUCAACAGUAAGAUCAAAGUGCUUGAACAAGAGGCCCUAGAGAAAGACCACCAGAUCCAAGCGCUCACCCGCAAGAACGACGUUUUGGAAGAGCAGGUGGAGAAGUUGGAGGAGCAAUUGAGCACCAGCAAGGAAACUGUCAACGAAUCUCACUCCCUCAAGACCAACAAUGAAAACAUCACGAAGAAGAACCAAUUGCUCGAGGAGGAAUUGGAAGCUGCCGAUAAGAACUUGAAGGAGACCACUGAGAAGCUAAGAGACACCGAUAUCAAGGCCGAAGCUUUGGAGAAGAAGGUCACCUCUCUGGAGAACGAGAGAGAAGAAUGGGAGAGAAAGUUUGAGGAGUUGCAAGAGAAGUACAACGCCACCAGAGAGGAAUUGGAUGCCAUCUCCGAGCAAUUGGAGAAUUUGUGA